CUGCUAAAAAACACGAACUGACUUAUUGACAUCUGGCGAGGUGACAGGCAAGCUUGUUACUUCGAUAAGUGACUUUGUGUUACUCCGCGCCCGCGCAUCAUUCCGCACAUCGCGGUUCUGACUUCUGACGCCGGACUCCGGAGUACGAACGAAAGUCUAGCUUUUGUGUCCACAGCUCCUUUUGAGCGUCGACUUAUCAAUCUCAAAGAAGAGACUGACAAAAGCGAUAGCAGGAUGGUCAGUUUGUAGCACAGGCUGUUCGUUGAGUGUGUGCCAUAGGUCCUCUUUUCUUUAGUUUUUAACCUGCCUGCACAUGUCUUGGCUCUUUGGCAAAAAGAAGCACAAGGAUUCACCUCCAGAAUCCAGGGAUGAACAAGAGGAACGGCCUCCCGCAGAUCCAGGGGACGAUUUCAUAGUAAUUGAAAGAAGACGAACCUCUCUGCCACCUAAUGUUGAACACAGUACUGGUGAACACGGUACUCCUUACCCCAGUGGGUUAUACCCGUUCAUCGGUGGAACACCAAUGAAUCCCGCAAUGUCGGCUGGUAAUUUACCCAAACUAGCUCAGCAAAUGGAUAACGCUCCGCAUUAUCUAAGCGGUGUACCAUUUAAGUUAUGCAAACAGUUGCAAAGUAACAUGAACAACGACUUGGAGAUAGACGGUCUACGGAUUAGCGAAAUAAUGUCUUUCGUUGAAAGAUUAGAGAAUCAAAAUUAUGAUUACGACUUCUCUCUUGAAACGGGAGUUAUUACAGAAAUGGAUAGCAGAACUAACGAUUAACUUGAAAACCCUCAGAUUGUUGUUACGUGUAAUGAGAUUGUAAAUUUUACGAAUUAAAGAAUCAAACUUAGGUACAUACGUAUGUAUUUUCUAAUUAUACGAACAUAUAAUAAAGUCACUUUUUUAACAGGCGAACAUUGCGACAUAACGCUGUAAUAAGCGUUAAGUUUGAUUCUUGAUACUCUACACACAUCACACCUUUUUAAAACGUUCCUAUCUUUUAUAUAAGAACGAAUAAAAA